AUGGAAGAAAAGGGGACAAGCCCUGCGACGAUAGAGAUCGAGCAUAUCCAAGCUUGGCUCUUGCUUGCUGUGCAUGAGUUCAUGUUUGUCGAUUUCCGACGCGGCUGGAUAAGCGCCGGACGAGCGUUCAGGCUCAUUCAAUUGGACUGCUUCCGGAACAUUGACGCAUCGAACAAUGCAACCGCCUCACAGGCAAGCUGGGUCGACACUGAACAGAAGCGAAGAACAUUUUGGAUGGCAUACUGCCUGGACCGCUUCGUCAACCUUCGAUGUGGCUCACCACUGACUUUUGAUGAACAAAGCAUGAUUCGCUUGCCGGCGCCGGAACCAGCCUUUGAGAACGACCAGCCAGUGCUGACAGGAUAUCUUGCGGACGCAAUGGCUUCUCAAGAUGCCAGCACAACGUCCCACUUUACGGAGUGCAUAGUGGUAGCUACGAUGUGCGGGCGCAUCUUGUCGUACCAGCACCAGCUCUCCAGCACGUACGCAGCUCCCACGCAAGAUAUUUUACAUCGAUAUACCGGCAUCGACACCAUUUUGAUGCAGAGGAUGGAAGUGUUUUCUCUCAAAUAUGCGCCGGCUUUGCAGGACGCGGACCCGAUGCUCAUGUUUAUUGGCAUGAUGUGGCGGACAGCCGUUCUUUUCCUCUCGCAGUCCAUGGAGCGUGUAACACCUCCAGAUGAGAUGGGCAGUUUUCUGGGAUCUAAGCUUGCACGAUGCUCGGCAUCCGCGGUCCAAGAGGUCGUCGGGUUGAUGGGCAAGCUAUCAUGCCUCAAUUGGUUCAAGGUGCAUCCGCUGACGCCCAUUCCGCUUUCUCUAUGCGCCGAGCUCAUUGCGUCCCAUCACGGCAAUGAAUCACCGGAUGAAAAGUUGCCCGUCAUCAGGGAGUUGAUGCGAGGUUUAGCAAGCUUUAACAAUCUGGGUCAGGGUCUGUACAGCUAUCCAUGGUAG